GAUGCAAGAUUAUUUAUGCAACUAUCGCCUCUAUCGUUUGUCAAAACCGGAAGCCAACUUUGUUGUCUAAUCAACGCAUGGAUUCAACCUGGAUGGACUGAUCGAACUGUUCAAGAUCAGAACUUUACACGCAGCGUGUUGGUGUUAACCGAGGUCAACGGGUCUAGUCAUCCUGCCGAUCAGAUGCUUUCCCCGGGAAGGACCGUCUCCUCCCGGCUGCUGAGGCCGGCCUCGUGGCUUGCUUUCCGUCGGGUCUCUGAGCGGGCAGCCACCAGCGCCGUGCAGAAAGAGUUGAUCAAGAAAUAUGAGCUGGGGAAAGAUGAGCUGCGGCCUCUUUACAUGGACUUCCAGGCCACCACUCCCAUGGACCCUCGAGUGCUGGACGCCAUGUUGCCAUACCAGGUGAAUUAUUAUGGUAACCCACACUCCAGGACACACGCCUACGGCUGGGAGAGUGAGAGGGCCAUGGAGAACGCCAGGAAGCAGGUUGCUGAUCUCAUCGGAGCCGAUCCCAGAGAAAUCAUCUUCACCAGCGGAGCCACAGAGUCCAACAACAUGGCCAUUAAGGGCGUGGCCAGGUUCUACAAGGCCAAGAAGGGUCAUGUGAUCACCACGCAGACUGAGCAUAAAUGUGUCCUGGACUCCUGUCGAAUYCUAGAGUCUGAGGGGUUCAGUAUUACUUACCUACCGGUGCAGAAGAACGGGCUGCUGGACCUGGAGCUGCUGGAGGCCUCCAUCCGUCCCGACACYUCCCUGGUGUCCGUGAUGACCAUCAAUAAUGAGAUUGGAGUCAAGCAGCCCAUCAAGGAAAUUGGUCAGAUUUGUCGAUCCAAAGGAGUGUUUUUCCACACGGAUGCUGCUCAGGCUGUGGGRAAGAUUCCCAUCAGUGUCUCUGACUGCAAGGUUGAUCUGAUGUCCAUCAGUGGUCACAAGAUCUACGGACCCAAAGGCGUGGGUGCCUUGUAYGCGCGCCGCCGGCCGCGGGUCCGUUUGGAGCCCCUGCAGAACGGCGGCGGUCAGGAGAGGGGUCUCCGCUCCGGCACCGUUCCCACCCCGCUGGUUGUUGGGCUGGGAGCCGCCUGCAGCGUCGCCCAAAAGGAGAUGGAGUACGAUUAUCAGAGAGUGUCCAUGCUCGCCAAGCGUCUGGUCCAGAAGAUCAUGUCAGAGGUUCCUGAAGUCAUCAUGAACGGAGAUCCAGAGCAACGUUACCCCGGCUGCAUAAACCUGUCGUUUGCCUGCGUGGAGGGAGAGAGUCUGUUGAUGGCUCUGAAGGAUGUUGCUCUGUCAUCUGGAAGCGCUUGUACGUCGGCGUCUCUGGAGCCGUCGUACGUCCUCCGAGCGAUCGGAGCAGAUGAAGACCUGGCUCACUCCUCCAUCAGGUUUGGUAUUGGCAGGUUCACCACAGAAGAAGAAGUCGACUACACUGCAGAAAAAUGUAUCCAGCAAGUCCGCAGACUCCGAGAGAUGAGUCCUUUAUGGGAGAUGGUCCAGGAAGGCGUUGACCUGAAGAGCAUCAAGUGGACGCAGCAUUGAACUCCGCCCACUUCCUGUAAGCUUCCUAGCUGCAGAACAAAGGAUUAGAGAUUUUUUUUGGAACGAUUUCACUUCUACUUCGACACAAACACGCACAAACUUCCUGUCCGACUUGAAGUCUGCUCGCAGCYGAAGCUCCUCCGGCUGCCGUCAGGAGAUGCUGCUUCAGAGUCGACGAACAACUUGGCAGUUUCUGUUUUUCAGUGAGGCUUUUGCAAAGUUGGGCUCCCUGAGAUGUGGCUCMACAGUUAUGGAGAAAAGGAGGUUUUACAAAAUAUUUUGUGAGAGUAACCCACUCUGCUGACACAGUUUGAUCCUGCAUAAAACAACRGAGAAUAAAACUUGUAAAAUAUUUGUUACAUGUCAAUUUUGAGCUAAAUGUAAGGUGAGACAAAACCUUUGCACAGAUCAAAACAAUGUGAGUUAAAAUAAAAAUGUCUGGCUUAUCUUGUGCCAGUUCUUGUGGUUUAUUUUUUUCACAUUUGUCACAAUCAGUAUGUACUCAUCUCACAGUUUCACAUGUAAUAAAUGUUGAUUGGUUUUGCAGCAUAGCUUCAUGAUGCGUUUUGAGUUAUGUAGCUGAAUCCAGUACCCUACCWCUGCAUCUGUUGGUUCUCCUUUUACUUUAUGUAGGAACAGUAGUGCUGAAACCUUAAAGGAAGUGGAUCAAAUCUGUGACAGGCAUACAGGUAUUUAUAUGCAAAUGUGGUACACUCUUUGUUUUAACAAGUUUUUCUUUACGUAUAAAUAUACAUAAUAAAGUGACCACCAAAGAUGCUUUUUACAACAGUUGCAAUGAUUCUGCAGUGUUUGAAAGGGUUCAGAAUCAGACGAUAUACAUACAGAUUGUUUUAAAAUUGUCUUUUGUUUCUGGAUGUUUGGGUCUCAAGCUGUUGUAAUUUAUUUCAGCUUCCACUGUCAUCUGUUCAUGCGAUCAACAAUGUUUGCAAUUUUGUGUGUAUUUUCUAAAGCUUUGUCUGUUUUUAUCAAAACUUUGUGUACCUUAAGCCAAUAAAACAGCUGUCCAGCAUUCAAAUUA